GUUCACACAGGUCUUCAGCUCAGGUUUUCAAAGCCAUUAAUUAUUACCUUUAAAUGGCAAAUGGCAAACAAAAGGAAAAUUUCAUAAUCAGGGUGGCAUGUGUCUGUAAAUACUAUAAAUAGUAGAGGGAAUUUCCUUAGUUCUUCGCAUUCUCUUUGGACUCCUCUAGCUGUGCUGCUGUGAGGCACACCAGGAAACAAAAUGAGUGAAUUGAAAAAGUCCCCUGAAGAACUCAAAAAAAUGUUUGAAAAAUAUGCAGCUAAGGAGGGUGAUCCUGACCAGCUGUGUAAGGAUGAACUGAAACUGCUAAUCAAAGCAGAAUUCCCACAUUUAUUGAAGGGGCCAACCAGCCUGGAUGACCUCUUUAAAGAACUGGACAAGAAUGGUGAUGGAGAAGUCAGUUUUGAGGAAUUCCAGAUCCUGAUAAAAAAGAUAUCCCAGUGAGC